AGCCAGCCAAUGGGGACAUCCAGGGAAGAGCGCUCCAAGUGGGGAACAGCUCGCCGAGGUCCUGACGUGGGAACGAGCUCAAGUCAGGAUAUCAAGGAGCCGAGGUUGGGAGGCGGCCAGGCCUUCGCCGGGCUCUCAGCGGAGCCACCGCUGCCUCUAUCCGGUCCUGCUGCUGGGCACCUUCAUUGGCCCCCUGCUGCCCACCACCCACCAUGUCAGAGGAGACCCAGGAAGGGGAUUAGGAGCCCGAAGGCCCCUUCUACCGCCGGACACCCUUUGGAAGGGCGAGGGGGGCCUGACCCGCUGGCUCAACCAGUCCCACGCUGACCCCGCAGACACCGCGGCCCUGAUGAGGAGCAGGGCGCCGCUGGCUCCCAACCACGUGGAGGAGGUGCGCCUCCACCAGGUGGAGUCCAUCAGUGACCUUCACAACGGUGGUCCGCUGUGCCCCUACCUGGCCGAGGAGAGGCAGCCGUGGGGCGAGCUGCUGGGCGUGCUGCCGCCCUCACUGUGCGCCCAGGCCGGCUGCGGCCCGCUGCACAGCCGCGGGGCCUUCCUGCUGCUGCUCGCGCUGCUGGUCCUCACCUGCCUGGCACUGGCCGUGCUGGCCGUCUACCUGAGUGUGCUGCAGAGCGAGUCCCUCCGCGUGCUGGCGCACACGCUGCGAACCCAGGAGGAGGUGCUGCUCAAACUCCGGCUCGCCAGCCUCAGCCAGCUGCGGAGGCUCAACUCCAGUGAGGCCCGAGCACCCAGCUGAGAUGCCUUUUGGACCAGGGGCCUGGGGGUAUGUGCCGGGGAAUAAAGUGGCCGUUGGCAGCUUUCUCCUCUC